AAAACAUCUAACAGUUUCCAAGCAUAGACAAUACUAAAAGAGUAGUACUAUAUAUACAAAAAUGGAUGUGGUAGCAAGAUUAGCGUCGCAAAGAGCAGUGGUGAUAUUCAGCAAGAGUACGUGUUGCAUGUCCCAUGCAAUCAAGCGGCUGUUUUACGAGCAAGGUGUGAGCCCAGCAAUUGUAGAGAUCGACCAAGACAUGUACGGGAAAGACAUCGAGUGGGCCUUGGCCCGUUUAGGCUGCAGCCCUACGGUUCCUGCGGUUUUUGUCGGAGGGAAAUUUGUAGGAACGGCCAAUACUGUCAUGACUCUUCAUCUCAAUGGGUCAUUGAAAAUGUUGCUCAAGGAUGCUGGUGCUUUGUGGCUUUAGCAUAUAUAGCACCUAGUUAAUAUUGUAUGUGGUCUUCAGUGUUUUUAUAUUAUGUAUGAUCUUUACUUUGACCUUUGAAAGUCUCUUCACUUUAUGUAUGUUUAAUCAAAUGCAUGUGAAGAAACUACUCUGUAUG